GCAGGUUUGGGCGAGGCACUAUUUGGCACCAAACACCAUACUUAAUAUAACUUACUGUGGGAGAUUUUAGCCAACGAACUCACAGGGACAGCAGUACGGGUGGCCGGGGUUCGAUCCCCGAAGUCGUCGCUCGCAUGAAUAUUCAGAGGAAGUGUUUUUUAUCCUGCCUUCACAACUCCAACAACCCAGCGUUUGCCUGGAACCAACUGGCAUUUCCCACGAACAUGCAGCUUGCUAGAACCAAGGGUUACUGAACGAAAUUCCGUUGGCCCACACUUAGGAUCACAGGGAGAAGAUAACAAAAUGACAGUUAGUUGCGUGGUUUACUUGCCGUUUGUGGUUGCCAUGGUUACGACGGCGUCUUCUAGUACUGUCGACAGUCGCCUAGUAACAGAGGCUAGUUACAUGUACAGUAAAAUGGUUGCACUACAACACAGUCGACAAGUGAUGUUCGGACAACAACUGGCCACGGGUCAUGGAGCGCAGGGCGGCCAUAGCCCAUACCAAGUACUAGAGGCCAGGCAAAAUGGCGCACGCGGUUGGACGUUUUCGCCUCAUCAGGUAAGCAACCAUCAGCCCGAUGAGCUCUGUGACGUCAAGGGGGUGACCGGAGAGUACCCAGCUGUACUCGGCGUGGAUCUGGGCUCUUUAGAGGACUUCCGGCUUAAUAUUGCAGCCUAUCUAGCUAAAAAGGCAGCCGAUAGGGGAAUGGUCAUAACAGUCAGCUGGCAUAGCCCCAACCCCGUCACUGGUCACUCUUUCUAUCUGAGUAAAGACAAUGGUAAUGUCCUUCACUCUAUCAGGAAAAUACUUCCCGGGGGAGAUCACCAUGCCAAUUUCACACAUCGUCUAGACGUUGUUGCCCAUUGGUUAAACCAUCUGUACGAUUCCCACGGGAAGAAGAUCCCGGUCAUAUUCCGACCCUUCCAUGAAAUGAACGGCAAUUGGUUUUGGUGGGGAACAAACAGCCGAACCAAAAAUACCGCGCACGAAUACAUACUACUGUAUCGGUACGUUGUGGAAUACCUCCGCGAUCAAAAAGGAGUCCACAAUGUGUUGUAUGCCUACUCCCCUGGGAAACUUCACCACAACACAGAUUACAUGACGUACUACCCAGGAGAUGAUUACGUUGACGUCCUUGGAAUGGACUUUUACUACUCCACCCACACAACCGACCCUGACGUUCUGACACAGUACAUGCAACUUGUAACCGACUUUGCUCACUCCAAAGGGAAAAUUGCUGCGAUUACUGAAAUAGGUCUCAGCGACAAUGGUAUUGAUACCCAACACACGUUCUGGACUGAUAAAGUAUUGAAUGUAAUGAAGGCUGGUAACUUCCACCAUAAGGUUGCAUACCUGUUAACAUGGCAGAAUACCUGCUCCAAUCCUGGCACAAAUUGUACCCUGUUUGUACCCUACAAAGGUCACGCGGCCGAAGCCGACUUAUUGAACUUUUACCAUAACGGCGUGACGGUGUUCUCCCGUGGUGUUCCCCAGUUCUAUCCACACAUUGCGGUUGUGGGGUAGUCAGUAAGGUUCGUUUCAGGGAAACAAUAAAUAUUAUGUUGUCUCAGUA